AUGAUGCUGUCAGAUCUGUCAGACAAGUAUAUUGAAAUGUGUACUCGAAAUAUGGGCUUGAAGCAUCCUGUUCCGAUACAUAACGAAAUGGCUAUUGUAUUUGAUAUGGAUGAUUGUUUAUUUCAGAGUAGUGAGCUUGCAGAAUAUGAAAAAAAUCACAUCAAAGACAGCUAUCUUCAACUUUCAAAUUCUGAUGAAGAGACAUGGGUGGCCCAUUUAUCUAAUUUUAAUUUGUACCGUGAAAUUUUUCACAGCACUCUCAAAAUGGAUUUGUUUGAGUUUUCUGAGAAGUACGAGCGUCCAAAGCUUGAUAGCUUUGUCAAACCUGACAUUGAACUGAAAACUUUAUUGGAAAAAAUCAAAAUAAGAAAAUUUUGCUUUACAAACGCAUGCCGGUACAGAGCCAAGCAUGUGCUUAGCUACCUUCAGCUUGAAGAUGUAUUUGAGGCUGUAAUUUGUACAGACAUAGUGGAUACUGAGUUUAUAUGCAAACCACAGAAGCAAGCAUAUGAGUUUUUAGAAAACUAUCUUUCUGUUUCUAACCCCCAGAACAUCUACUUUUUUGAUGACUCUCUCAAAAAUAUUGAGGGUGCUAAUACCGUUGGGUGGAACACGGUUCAUGUGUGUGAAGACAUAAAAAGGCAUAUCAAUGAGCUUGCAACAAGAGUUACUCUAUUUGAAUGA